GACCAUUUAAAGUAAAACAAUUUCAAAAGAAACCUAUCUGAUCAUUGUGUCUACCGAAAACAAACAGAAAAUGAAACAGUCAUUGUCAUCAUCUGGGUGGACGACCUGAUCAUUGCUGCAAGUAGCAAAGAAGCACUUGAGCAAUUCAAAAACAUAAUGAAAGCCAAAUUCAACAUGAAAGACCUCGGUAAGAUAUCUUAUUUCCUGGGUAUUCAUUUUGAACAGAAACAGAAUGAAAUCAAGAUGGAUCAAAAGAUGUACAUACAAAAGAUGCUUGAAAUGUUUGGCAUGUCAGAAUGCAAACCUAGAAGCACUCCUGAACAGAAAGUAGAACUGAACAAAAAUCCAGUUAAUAGACAGAGGUCAGACAUAUUGAUGUCAAAUAUCAUUUCAUUCGUGAGGCACUCACUGAAGGGAAAAUGUAAUUGGUCUACUGUCCUACAGAAGACAUGGUUGCAGACAUCUUAACCAAACCUACUACAAGAGUCAAGAUUGACAAAUUCAAAUUAUUAUUUUUUUUGGAAACUAAUGUGUUUCACUGUUUCAUGGUCAUGAGAUCAAGGGGGGGUGUUGAGUAAAUGUGAUCUCAUUGUAAUUAAUGCUGUUUCUGUGUAUCAAGAGAGAGGCUUGCUGUUGUUGUUUUGCGCCUCCAACAGGUUAUAUACGGUAGUGCAGGCUCGCCUGUGUUAUCAUCACGUGAUCUCUUCCGGUUCACUUCGCGCGAGAGAAUAUGAGAGACUCACAGAAAGAAGCGCGAUGAAGUUGUGUUCUAUUUUCCACAGUUACCGAUGUUUUGUUUCCCGGUGCUGUGAGGCAUUGUACUGAACCAUCCUUAAAAUAAACCAUCUUCUUUCUUUUAUAUUCAACUUGAGUAUUCAUUGAAGAUGAGUGAAGAAAGAAGAAACCCAACAAUGGCCAUAAGAUAUGAACGCUCGUCAAGAAGAACGUCCCCUUCAGCAGCAGGAGGAUCCACAGCCCCCCCACAUUAAAGAGGAAGAGGAGGAAGUGUGGAUCAGUCAGGAGGGAGAGUGUCCUGUAGGGCAGGAGGAGGCUGAUGUCAGCAAGUUUCCACUGACUGUUGUCUCUGUGAAGACUGAAGAGCAUGAAGACAAACCACCUGAGUCCUCACAGCUUCAUCACAGUCCAACUGCUUCCUCAUGGAAGAGCGUCGUGAUCAGCUUUGCCUUCGGUUCCGAACACUUCAAAGAAAGUCCCAUAAAAUUGUUCAAAGAGGGCCCAUAAAAUAGAUCAAAUAAAGAGUUUGUAAAAAUACUUAAAAGAGUUCCUGUGGAAGUUGGGCAGACUCUGCCAUCUGUCCGUCUGGAAGUCCAGUGAACUUUUACAAGCAUUCUUCUUAGAAGGCUCCAAAUAAUUGUGUAAAUGAUUUGAUAAAUUACACAAUUUUUCUGACAAUUAUCUUCUGUGUUCUCUCCUGAACAAAACACUGUUGUAUCAUCCACAAAUAAUACUAACUUGAAAUGUUUUGUAACUUUACAAAUGUCAUUUAUAUAAAGAUUGAACAAUUUUGGUUCGAGUAUUGAUCCCUGAAUUACACCACAGGAUAUAUUUAGUGUUGUAGAAGUGUGUUCACCUAGCUUUACGUAUUGUUUCCUGUUGGUUAAAUUACUUCUAAUCCAGUUAAGGACCACCCAUCUCAUGCCAUAUCAUUCUAGUUUUUUGAUUAAAAUAUUGUGAUUCAUUGUGUCAAAUGCUUUAGUUAGAUCCAUAAACACUGCUGCUGCACAUUUUUUAUUAUCUAUUGCAUUGGUCAUUUUUUCUGUCAUUUCAAUUAAAGCCAUCAAAGUUGAAGUAUUAGCUCUCAUCGAGUAUUCUAUGUU